CUCCGCCCUCCAUCCACUGAGGAGAGACUUAGUCACCGCUUAGUGUUGCAAUGGGUGUGGGUGUGACUCACAGAAAGAAGUAGAGAAGCCUUCACACAGAGCUCUGCAGAUGCCUGGACACCUUGAGAGGAUCAGCUUGCUCUGGGCGGCACUUCCUUCUCCUGGGCACAGCAGGAAGGUGGGAAUCAGCUGAGCAAGUCCCCAGCAGCUUCUGCACCCCCAGCCAUCUUCAGAGAGGACACCAUCUUCUAUUGUACAUGAGAGAAGCGUCCCUGUCACAUACAGGAAAAAGAAAAUGGUGUUGCUGUUGUUUUGGGUGUUGGCCCUCCUCUUCCUCUGUGCUUUCCUGUGGAGUUAUAAAGGACAGCUGAAGAUAGCUAAUAUCACUGACAAGUACAUUUUCAUCACUGGCUGUGACACAGGCUUUGGAAACUUGGCAGCCAGAACUUUUGAUAAGAAGGGCUUCCAGGUCAUCGCUGCCUGCCUGACGGAGUCAGGAGCAGCUGCUUUGAAGGCCAAAACCUCAGAGAGACUUCACACAGUGCUUCUGGAUGUCACCGACCCAGAGAAUGUCAAGAGGACUGCCCAGUGGGUGAAGAACCAUGUAGGGGGAAAAGGUCUCUGGGGGCUGAUCAAUAAUGCUGGUGUCCUCGGCGUGCUGGCACCCACUGACUGGCUGACCGUGAAUGACUACAGAGAACCCAUUGAAGUGAAUCUGUUUGGACUCAUCGACGUGACAUUGAAUAUGCUGCCCCUGGUCAAAAAAGCUCGAGGGCGUGUUAUCAAUGUCUCCAGUAUCGGAGGCCGGCUUGCAUUCGGAGGAGGGGGCUACACUCCAUCCAAAUAUGCAGUGGAAGGUUUCAAUGACAGCUUAAGGCGGGACAUGAAAGCUUUUGGUGUGCAUGUCUCAUGCAUUGAACCAGGACUGUUCAAAACAGAACUGGCAGACCCAAUAAAGACAACUGAAAAAAAACUGGCCAUUUGGAAACAUCUGUCUCCAGACGUCAAACAACAAUAUGGAGAAGGCUACAUCGAAAAAAGUCUACACAAACUGAAAAGAAGUACGUCCUCAGUGAACUUGGACCUCUCUCUAGUGGUAGAGUGCAUGGACCACGCUCUAACGAGCGUCUUCCCCAAGACUCGUUAUACCGCUGGAAAAGAUGCCAAGACCUUUUGGAUACCUCUGUCUCACAUGCCAGCCAUUUUACAAGACUUUUUAUUGCUGAAACAGAAAGUAGAGCUGGCGAAUCCCAAAGCAGUGUGACUCAAUGGACGGCAAACGCCCACCCCAGGCUCUGAGGUUGACUGAUUUCAAAGACUUACCAUUUCAAUCUCAGUCUUUACCAGACCUAACGUGGACUCAUUUAGAUCAUGUUUCUGUUUAUAAAAGAAGGAGUUCCAGAGUCCCUUGAGCCUUCUUUGAAAAUAAGGACAGAGAAGAUCUACCACACAAGCCAGUCUUGCCUGAUGCUGAAGCCUUGCCUGAACAGUAGGAUGAAAGGGUAGCAGAAAGACUUUUCCCUCCAAACGGUGUGUGCUGCUGCCUGCCCCUUGCUGGUUCAGUAAUCCAGAGUGUUAAGCACUGUGUUUUAUCAAAAUGUUAACCAAUAAGAAGUCUUUCAUAAGUGUGCCUGGUGGCUCUGGUACCUCACCGAGAAGAAGACUCAGGCUGGAACUCACUAGGUUUUGAUAAGCUUUGAUAGGAACAAGAAAGUGAUAAAGCACACUGUCACACAGAGCACUGGGAUGAACGAGAGGCCAUGAGAAACAGAGGGAAGAAAUAGAAGGACAGAAAAAGACAGGGAAGGAAAUGCGAGGCAGGGAGACUCCAACACGAGCUACAUACUCCAAAGGGACAGACACAGAGGACGCACCGCCACUGCGGCUACUGUGAAGUCAUCCCAUCUGGUCUGUUUCAGUCAGCCACAUCAUGGCAGAAGUUCACCAGCUCUGUUGGCUACAGCCACUCCUCCUUUCAACGGCUGGGGUCUUGGCUCCAUUUCACAGCUUCAGACUCUAUGGCUUGCCACCCUUUGCCUUUCCAGAUGUCCCAAGGCUGCCAAGAUUUGUAGAAUCCGAAGGAAACUCCUUUGGUGAUCUUCCCUCCACACUGGUCCAAUUGUUCAACCUUCCAAUUCUGUCUUUGUUUUGCCUUUUCCUGAGACCAUUUUUAUUUUUCUUAUUCCUUUAAGUAGCUACAAUUGGCUGUUUAUUCCAACCAUAAACUAAGUGACAUGCAGCCUACCAUUAAGAUCAAGUUUGCCAACUGCAUUACCUGUGUUAGCAAUGUGCCAGUUGGACUUCUGUUCAGCUUUUGAGUCCGUCCUUCUUAGCCAUAGGUCUGCCAUCAGCUUCCCCUCAGAGAAGGCUCAGUGGACCACAGUGGUUACCUGUUGGUUCAGAGAUGCUGUGAAGGAGCUCGCUGCCAUAAUAAGCCAUUCUGAGCCCAGGGGUACCAAACAAGCCAAGCAUCAAGAACAAAUUACUCAUUUCCGUGUGUGAAAGCAGAGGGUAUCUAAAUCUCCCAGACUAAAGAGAAUCUCUUCUAUUUAAAAUAUCUUCAAAACCCCCAAAACAUCUGUGGGAAGCUCAGCCUAGUGUAUAAUGAGAAAAAUCCCCAGCAAGCUUCUGAGAAAAAUGCUCAAAUUUUACCCUUCUCCACAGUAUUAGCCCUAAUAGUUCUCGGUGGCAUAAUACAUCACAGACUCAUUUACUGAUGUGGAGGAAAUAGCCAAACAUUCUCAAAACAAAAAAACUCUGGUAGCUACAAGUGAUUUGUAUCAAUUUUAAUCUAAGUGACUGCCUCCUGUAUUCUUGCAUGCCAAACAAGACAAUUCUGCUUUGUUUUUUAUUAUUGUUGUUGUUGUCCAUUUGUUUUUUUAAACUUAUUUAUUUUUACUUUAUGUGCAUUAGUGGUUUUGCCAUGGGUGUUGGGUCCCCUGGAACUGGAGUUACAGACAGUUGUGAGCUGCUAUGUGGGUGCUGGAAAUUGAACCCAGGUCCUCUGGGAGAGCAGUCAAUGCUCUUAACCACUGAGCCAUCUCUAGUUACAUUUUUUCCUUAAUUCUGUGAUUCUUUUUGCCCUUCUUUUUGUUACCGGGACUCAAAUAUCCAGGCUCUCAUGCACUGAGCCACGCCACACCCCAGCUUGGGGUUUAUUUUUAAAAAGGGAAAUGUUUAUAGUUUCCAUCAUAGUUUAUGAAGCAUUGUGCUAGCCAGGGCACUGGUGAUGUGUGAUGUCUGACAAUUUCCAAGCUCUCUUGUUGGGACACCUGCCAGAGAAAGAUCCAGAUCCACAGUCCUACUUGGUACCUAGAAAUGGGAUAUAACCUGAAAAAGGACCUGCAAGGACCACACACAUCUGUCAUUUUCUGUGGUCAGUAGCUGCCCUAAAGUGAUCCCCUUCACUUCUGUUAGAGAAAGUGGAGACGGAAAGGUCUCCACUAUGGAUCUGUGGCCUGAAUUCUAGACAACAGCCGUCUCAUCAUACAUGGGGAAAGCUUAAUCUCAGUCUUUGGUCUGGUUUUCCCCCUCCAUGGUAGCUACGACUUGAGGGUCUAUGAACCAACAUGGCGGGACCUGGGUUAUGAAGCAGACAAUGCAAAAAAAGAGCCUUCCCACUAUAGUAAUAGGAAAAAUAAUCCAGCUGGUGAUUUGGUGGAUGCUCUGUGUGUGUGUCGAAGUCUUAGUCCAGUCGCUAUGUCUCACAGGAACAGUUUCAUCCAAACCUCACCACAUCUCAGUCAGCUGUGUGUUUUAGACAUGCCGAAGUGAAAUCACAACCAAGUGGGUAAUUUUUUGUAUUUUAGAGUGCUAGUCAUCUUGGUCCAGGACUCACCCAAGUAGUCUCAUUCCAAAGACCAUGUGAUAUGGUAUAUGAUAAAGAAUCCUAGGCUUGCAGAGUCUUCCUCAACAAUGAUUCUGACUGUACAAAAGCAAAACCUUCAUUAAACAGUCUAACAUCAAUCUUGCCUACUCAAUAAUGAUCAUAAGUACAAGAGGUACAUAAUUUUGAGAAACAAAGAUAUACUCAUUUUUGUUUUUAUAAAAAUUCUACUUUUAUUUCUUCUCACUUAUGAUUACAUAACAUGAGCAUUUAGACACAAUGUCUCAGAUCUUAGGAGUUUUUGAACUAUAUUUCUGAAUUUCUAUUACCUUUUUUUGACCCCUCUUUUCUUCUUCUUCUUCGUUGUUGUUGUUGUUGUUUAACUGUUACCUGCUUGAGAAAUCUAUUUGUGAUCACUUUUUGUUAAUCUCAGUAAUGAUCUUAGGUCACCCCUCCUCACCCACCUAAAAAAUCUUUUAGCUUUAAAAUCAGACAAAAAGAAAACAUCAAAAAUUAGCGUAUUAGCAAAAAAAUGAGCAACACAAAUACCAAUUAUUGCUGCUUUGUUUUGUUUUUUCUUUUGCUGUAAAUAAAAACUUUGGCAGACUGUCCUGGUCCCUGUGGCUAGGGCUAACCUAGGAACUCUAAGGAUAGGGCUAACCCAGGAACUCUAAGCACAGACAUAUCCAGAAGGAGUUUGGAGGCUCCAGCACUACCACACUGCAGUCUAAGAAAAUGUCAGCCUGUGGCGGAACCUUAUCAUUUGACAGGAAGAGAUCAAGUAACCCAGUGUCUGUCUCAGAAACAUUUCCUGGAGAGUAUUCACUGUCACACACUUCAGCCCCAACACUACGGAAGCAUGAAAAAUCACCAUUUUCGAAUUGCCUUGCCAACUGGCUCCAGUUACGACAACACUUUCUAUUAUUUUUGAGUCAAGUCUUGUGCGGGAGAGGGAAGAAAGGACACCCAUUCCUGCUUCUAUCAUCAUAAGAAGGGUUCUCUCAUUCACAGAACUUUCCAGACCAAGCCAAGCUCCACCCCAGAGUGCCCUCCAUGUAGUUUCUAUGAAGUCUUUAUGGCUUUUACCCAGAAGAUACAGUUAGUGUUCUCUUUUACAAAUAAGAAACCUAAUAUCCAAAGUCUCCCAUCUAUAAUAAUCUGAGAUUCCUAAAUCCCUAUCCUGGAAGUGCUAAGAAAAAAAAAAGAAAGGUGCAGGGGAGGAAAGAAGAGCUACCUAUCACACAACGAAUUUUAAAUUCACGGUGCUUCCUUUGGACUCUUUCUGGCACACUUCAGCCUCCGUAGAUUAGCAAUUUGCAAACUCCAAGUCCUGAAAAUAAUAUAAGACAAGACUCUUGGCUAGUGACUGCAAAUUCUUUCUCCAUUCCUGGGAACUCUUCAAUUUUUUUUUAUAUUUAUUUGUUUAGUUGUUUGUUUGUUUUAUGUGUCUGUGUGACAAGAGGGUUGAGUGUACCACGGCACCCAUGAGGAGAUCAGAAGACAAGUUGUGGAAGUCAGUGUUCUCCUUCCACUGUGUGAGUCCGAGAGUUCCUCUGUGUGGAACUCAAGUGGUGAGGCUUAGCAGCAGCAGCCGUUAGCCAGAGCCCUUCGGCAGGCCCUGGGAGUCUAAGAGGAUGGUAGAGAAGGGUGGGCAAUUGCUGCUCCCAUUUCCUGCCCUCCAACGCCUACUGCAAACCUCCGUGUAAGAAACCCAGCUUCUCUUUGGGAGCAUCAGUACAAACUGGCAUUUCCGUGUUUCACAAAUUGCUUUCACAACAAAGUAAGUAAAAGUCUUCUGUUCAGAUCCUUAGCCUCCAAGGCCUCCACUCCUCUUUAGACCUUGUCUCUUUCAGCUCCACACCGGGAAGAGAUCAGGUCUGAGGGAAGCGUUCCAUCCAUGGCCCCACAAGAGACACAGAGAGACACGUGUGUUGACACAGCAGGGGAUGUGAGGAGACAGAACCUGGGUACAAACACUUCUGCAAGUUCAAACCAUGGAGGAGCAUGGUAAAGGCACGGGUUUGUCUGUGCUUCCAAAACUCAGUUAUGGGAUUCGGAGCCCCAUGCAGACACACUAAGGUAUUUUGUGCAAGAGGUAGCUCAAAAUGGGUCAAUAGAGUGAUGUAAUCGUGUGUUGUAACCAUCCCUCUACCACCCUGAGGAAAAAACAUGAAAGAUGCCCUGAUCUUGGCCUAACUUUGUUGAAAAUGUCAUCUUGUAGAGUUACUGUAUGUGGUGCUAUUUAUAUAAAGCCAUUUCACACAAGCAUGUGUUGUACACUGAACGCACCUCCACACCCUCUGCUCUCCCUUUCUCAUCCUCCCCCCUCCUGUUGGUCCCCGUUGUUUCCCUAGACAGUUUCAAGCCCACUUUUAUGACAUUUAUGGAGAUAGGAUUUUAUGUAUUUGUAUAAAAUAGAGGGCUCUAAUGAAAAAAAUGAGAUUUGUCUUUUUGAAACUGGAUUAAUUAAGUAUAAUUAUCUUUGGUUGCAUUUCCUUUCUUGAAAAUAAUGUUCUUCUUCACGGCUGAAAGCAAUCCCUUUGUUUAGUCUACAGUAUUUUCUUGAUCCAGUCGUCUGUUGCUGGGAUCUAGGUUGGUUCCGUAACUUAGCUACUGUGACUAGUGACACAAGAAACGGCAAUCUGCAUGUGUCUCUGUGACAUGUUGGCUUGAAGUUGUUUGGGAAAACACCCAGGACUGGCACAGCAGGGUCACAUGGCAAAUCUAUUUUCAAUUUUUUAAUAAAGCAGACUAGUUUGCAUCCCCACCAGCAGUAUAUAUGAUACGAAUUUGCUUUGGUCCAUAUUCUCAAAAGCAUUUAUUGUUUUCUUAAUGUCUGCUUGGCCUAGAAUUUAAGUAAACAACACACAGAAGGUUGGUGAUGGCUGUGUCUACUCUUGCCUGUUCAGGGCACUAUUGGGAGCCCUGCUCAUAAGUAACUCUACAUAUUCGAUGCAGGAGAUCAAGGGUAGCCGAAGUCUAGGUUAGCAGCAGAGGAGAUGAAGAGGCUGGGGUGACUACCUUGGGAGGAAAAAAUAGGGGAGACAGACUAGCCCACUUGAAGGAGGACAGAACAGAACAAAGGCCAUGGGUGGAAGUUCCACGGAGUUCAAGUUCAAAUCCUCUUGUAUAAAGAGGACUUUUUUACCAGUGGUUUGACAGAGGUCAGCUACUAUGGGUGGGUAAAAGAAGGUGGCCCUGGAAGACAGCUCCGUGACCCAAGGAUGCUGAAGAAGGGACUUGGGAAAUGUGGGGCAGAGCUUGCUGUCUCAAGAUCCUUAACCCCUCUGAUUCUGCCACUACGGAAGGGGCUUUCCUCAGAUGUUGCACAUGCCUGUGCAUAAAUUGCCAGAAUUUCUAGAUUCUAAAUCUUGAGGAAUCAACAAUCCAGAUGUCUCCUAUCCCAGCUGUGACAAAAUGUGAAAUUGUAUUCCUCUCAGUCUUGAAAGCUUGCCUUAGCCCCAAUGGGAGAAAGGCAGGUAGCAUUCAAAGGGAAGGGAAGAGAAACCUAGACAACGCUAAGCUAACUUCUGACCUUGUUUAGAGGAAGCCCCAAGGUUAGUACAAGAGGAGGAAGCUGAAAGUGUUCUUGGAGCAGCUCACAACCUGAGGGGCAUAGCAGUUCAGUUGUGUGUGUCCUUCUCAAAGGUAGCUCCCUCUUAUAUCCAUGGGUUCUGCAAGAAUGGGUUCAAUCACACACAGGUUGAGAAUCACUUUUGGAAAGUGCACCUGUACGGCAUAUGUACAAACUAUUUCUUGUUAUUUCUAGUGGAAUCAUCCAUCCAUGAAUAAAUGGUUUUCAAGGUGAGCUGUACCUCUGUAGGAAUCCAAUUCAUUAUUUUAGGUAGCCAUUUAGAAAAUGCCGCAUUACCCUGCAGGGCUAUCUGGUUCCCAGAAUGAUUCGCUGAGAGACAGGUCCAUGACAUAAACAGUUAGACACUGGAGCUAGUGAGAUGGCUCAGCAGGUCUCUACCUGCUUGUCACCAAGCCUGAUGGCCUGAGUUUGAUCACCAGAACUGAUUUCUGAAAGUUGUCCUCUGACCUCCAGGCAUGUGCCUCACUCCAAAAAGUCUAGAUGUUGGACAUUUACUGAAACUUUUCCUGAAGUCCAUCCUUCCUGUUUUGUGUACUCAUACUCAGAGAUCAACUCCCUUGACAGUUAGCUAAAAGCACUGUCAAUAAAGUUGUUCUGUGUGAUUCUAAAAGCUCAACUUUUUAGCCAGAUGUGGCGACACACACCUUUAGUCCUAGAACUUGGGGGCCAGAGGCAGGUGAAUCUCUGAGUUGGAGGGCAGCCUGGUCUACAGAGCAACUUCCAGGACAGCCAGGGCUACAAGGCGGGGGAAGCUCAACUUUUUUUUUUUCUUGACAGUUCUCUGUUAACAAACCACUUCCCUGCUGUUUUGAAAUGGAGCCACCAUGAUGAUUAUUGCUUGGAAAUGACAGGUGGGAGCUGUUUGGGUUAAAAUGUGUCCUCCCAGCCGGGCGGUGGUGGUGCACACCUUUAAUCCCAGCACUUGGGAGGCGGAGGCAGGUGGAUCUCUGUGAGUUCGAGGCCAGCCUGGUCUACAGAGUGAGUUCCAGGACAGGCGCCAAAGCUACACAGAGAAAUCCUAUCUUGAACAAAAAAAGAAAGAAAGAAAGAAAGAAAGAAAGAGAGAGAGAGAGAGAGAGAGAGAGAGAGAGAGAGAGAGAGAGAAAGAAAGAAAGAAAGAAAGAAAGAAAGAAAGAAAGAAAGAAAGAAAGAAAGAAAGAAAGAAAGAAAGAAAGAAGGAAAGAAAAGGAAAAAGGAAAAAAAGUGUCCUCCCCACAAAACAAUAUGCUGGAAUUCUAAACCCCUAGGAUCUGAGAACCUGACCUUACCUGAAGGCAGAGUCUUUGCAGAGAUUAAAGUUCAAAUGAGUCUUAGAGCUGAUGUUGGUGUUGCACAGCUUUAAUCUCAGCAAUGGGGAGGCAGAGACAGAAGAUCUCUGUGAGUUUCUGGCCAGACUGGUCUAUGGAGUGAGUCCCAGGACAGUCAGGGCUAUGUAGAGAGACUCUAGAAAAAAACAAAAAGAACAAACAUCAAGUCUUAGAGUGGACUUUAAUCCAACAGGAUUGGUGUACUCGUAAGAAAGAGACACUUAGACACAAAGCAUAAAGACGGACAUGCUUAGCGGGAGCAGGAGGAGGAUAACAAACCAGUAGACACGGGGCAAGAGGACAUACGGACAGAGGCCUGAGCAGACCUUUCCACACAGCCUUUAAGGAGCCAACCCUGCCACCAUCUUGAUUUCUGACUUUUAAUCUCCAGAAGUAUGACAAUAAAUUUCUGUUGUUUAAGCCA